CACACGUUGCAGAAAGAUGGGAAAGCGCCGCAGAGAACGCGACAAGCCCAAAUAUGCGCCAGAUGGCGCUUACGAUCCCAACAAGCGCGUCCUGCUAAGCUACGGCACCGACGAUGAAGAUGACGAAGUCGCGACGCGCGAAGUCGAGAAGGCGGCAGAGCUGGCAGUGAAUGACAGUCGCCUUGCCAAUUACCAAAUGACCGAGUAUCCUGAAGACGAAGGAGAGGGUGAGGUAACCGUCGGCGCUGUAACCGAACUUGCGCCAAGUUCUGGGCUCAAGGGUAAGGAGAACACAAAACCAGAGCCCGAACAGAGGAUUGGACAAGAGGGCGCGGAAUGGGAACCAACUCUUGAUAAAGAAGUGCCGCGAGCAGUCACAUUCAGACAGAGUCGGACGAGUGGGAAAGCUCGCGAAACUGGAGAUCCCGAAACGGGACAACGACUCGCUCUAGGCGCUGCAGCACGCGACCACGACGAUCACGAGGAGGAGUAUGACAGCACAACAGAAGAGGCUCUGGCAUAUCUCAACUCGGUCAGAGAAGAGCGGCAAGCCAUUCCCGAAGUUCUAGCAGCAACACGGCAAGUCUUGGACGACCACAUGGAAGAUGGUGAAGAGCCUGACGCUGACAAUGAUUGUCUGAUUGAGGAGGAUACAUAUAUCGCCAGUCCAGCGCUGCCUGUUCCAGAGGCAGAUAUCACAGAUCCACAAUACGUCUUCACGGGAGUUCUCCGGGAGCGUUUCUUGAUGCAGCGCAAGUGCCUCCAAAUGAACAACAAUGCCGCCGACCUAGCAGAGCUCGGUGACGGCUAUCCCACCUCUUACCAAGAGGGUAAUCGCAAACAAUAUGCCAAAUGGCAUCAUGUGUUGGGCAGCAGAUCUCCCAUGCCCGCUCAGGUGCGCUCAAUCAGCCAGGACACUGCUUUCCGGCUCCUGGCACUUCUACAAGAAGCAUAUCUUGUGAAGGGUAAGAACAUCAAGACUGUCACCAGCGCCUGGAUUUGGUCGUUGCUAUGCAGAUUGGACGAUGUCGGCAAUAUGAACAACGACCAGGUCUUCCCACUUCGCGAGCUCGGCAAGAGAGUGGUCUUUCUGCAAUUGCAAUUUUGCGACCCAGAGACAGCCGCACAACUCGAAGCACUUGAGCAGCAGGAGCAAGACACGCCUGCGAUGCUGCACCCAGAUACAGAUGCAGACAGUGGUGCUCUGGAAGGCGCCGAAGUAGAUGUCCAUGAUGGAGUAGACCGUUCAUCAGACCCGCUAAACGCACAGCCUACGAAAACUCAUCACGCUGUAGCGACAGAGAAUACUUUGGCUACACUGGAUAUGAUCCUAGUCGUGGUCGGCGAAAUCUUUGGGCAGCGUGAUCUGCUGGAGUUUCGACAGCCGUGGACGAGCUGUGUUGGGGAUCCAGAAGCGUGAGGCAUGAACGGUGACUGCUUGUCAUAAGAUUGUUGCGCGCAUACCACUUGACUAGACGCCGCAUGCCGUAGCUACUACAAGCUAGGCUGGCCAUCAUGAGACAGCUCUCUGAUAGCUUCAGCUCUCGGCAGAGCGCCGCGCGGGCAAGCUCCUGUGGGCCCGCGGCUAAGGUAAUGCGGCGCUCACAUUAUUGCGACUUCACGUUAUAACUCGACUGCGCAGCGCACGUAGACUGCCCGAAAGCUGUGUGUGUAAGUACCCGAGAUAGGUAUUAUCGCACUGUACUUGUACAUGUACGUUUCUGUUCUUCUGCCUGACUUCCCACUCCCAUCAUGGCCUCGUCCAUUUCCGAGAUCACGAACCAGCAUCGUCCCGAUUUCCCCUACUACGAAGACCUUUACAAAUACUUCCAUGCACAUCCCGAGCUCUCGAAUCAAGAAAAGGAGACUGCAGCACGAGUUGUCCAAGAGUUGGAACGGAUCUCGCCAGAACUCGACAUUAGACCAAACAUUGGUGGCCACGGGAUUGCAGCUCUCCUCCGGAACGGCCCAGGCAAGACGGUCCUCCUCCGAGCAGACUUUGACGCCUUACCAGUCGAGGAAAAGACGGGCCUUUCUUAUGCCUCUACCGUUCGCCAAAUUUCCGUACAAGAUGGUCUCGAAAAGCCCGUCAUGCACGCGUGUGGACAUGAUAUGCACAUCACAUGCCUCCUCGCAGCAGCAGAGACUUUAGUAUCAGCACGUGAGACAUGGUCGGGCACACUGCUUCUCAUCUUUCAACCCGCUGAGGAACGAGGAACUGGAGCGAGAGACAUGGUCAACGAUGGCUUAUACGACCCGAAGCGACACAACGUUCCCAUUCCAGACAUUGUCCUUGGCGGCCACGUCGUACCCUGGCGCGCUGGCAUGAUUGGUACGAAGAGGGGCCUUAUCGCCACCUCUGCUGAUAGCAUGCGCAUCACGCUUCACGGAAGAGGAGGCCACGCCUCCAUGCCCGCCCGCCUCGUCGACCCAGUCCUCAUGGCAGCUCACACCAUCAUCAAACUCCAAACCAUCGUCUCUCGCGAAAUAGACCCCAUGGACGCAUGUGUCGUCACCGUAGCCAGCGUGCAAGCCGGUGAUACCGAAAACAUCGUCGUCGACGACGCCAGAAUCGCAGUCGAUGUACGAGCAGACAACGACCGCACCCGAGCCAAAGCUCUAGCUUCCGUCGAACGAAUCGUCAAAGCCGAAAGCUUAAGUCUGCGAGCUGUCAAGGAACCCACCGUGCAAGUUACGAGAGAUUUCCCACUCACCACCAACGACGACAGCGUCACCGCGAAACUCGAAGAAUCUUUCCAAGCCCAUUUCGGCACCUCUUCAUCUUCUCCCCCUCCCGCUUCCACGGACGGCGUCCAUUAUCAUUGCGCAUGUGAAAAGCUGGCGGGCUCGGAAGAUUUUAGUAUUUUGGGGAGUGCAGUGGGGAAACCUACGAGCUUUUUCAUGUAUGGUGGGACGGAGCAGGAGUUGUAUGAUGCUUGUGUUGAGAGAGAGGGGAGCACGUUGGGACUCGAGGGGAUUCCGACGAAUCAUAAUUCGAAAUUUGCGCCGCAAAUUCAGCCGACUAUGAAGGUGGGGAUUGAUGCGUAUGUUGUUGCUGCUUUGGGGUUUUUGGUGAAAGAGUAGGUAGAUAGGAAGGAGGAAGUUCAAGUUGCCUAAAAUAGCAUUAGACGCUUUUGCGGAAAAUCUA